UAUAACAAAAAAAGUUUUAAAUAAUGUUUGAUAAAUAUGUUAUGUUAACAUUUUUUAUCUAAAUGCUUCGAGUUUCAUCGAAAAUGAAGGAUAAAAUGCCACCUUUUCGAAGGAAAAAGUCUAGCAAAUCAUUUCCAGUCAAAGUUUGUACAUUAGAUGCAGAGCUUGAAUUUAAUUUAGAGUGGCGAGCUACUGGUCGCGAUUUAUUUGAUCUAGUAUGUCGUACUAUUGGACUUAGAGAAACCUGGUAUUUUGGGUUACAGUAUGAGGAUGCUAAAGGGUUUAUAUCAUGGUUAAAAUUGGAUAAGAAAGUACAGGAUCAAGGUAUUAGUCAACAGUUAGCAUCGUUUAUGUUUUUAGCAAAAUUUUAUCCAGAAGAAGUUGCCGAUGAACUUGUUCAAGAGGUCACACAACACUUAUUCUUUUUACAAGUUAAACAAGCUAUUUUAUCAAUGGAUAUUUAUUGUCCGCCAGAAGCUUCAGUCUUACUUGCUAGCUACGCUGUUCAAGCUAAGUUUGGCGAUUACGAUGAAACAACAUAUAAACCUGGUCAAUUAGCAAGUGAAGCUUUACUGCCACAAAGAGUGAUUGAUCAAUAUCAAAUGACUGCCGAUAUGUGGGAAGAACGAAUUAAAGUAUGGUAUGCAGAUCAUCGAGGUAUGUCCCGUGAUGAAGCUGAAAUGGAAUAUUUAAAAAUCGCACAAGAUCUCGAUAUGUACGGAGUCAAUUAUUUUCCUAUAAGUAAUAAGAAAGAUACAGAACUAUGGUUAGGUGUUACGGCAUUAGGUUUAAAUAUUUAUGAAAAAGAGAAUAAGUUACAGCCAAAAAUGACAUUUACAUGGUCCGAAAUACGUCAUAUUAGUUUUGAUGAGAAAAAGUUUGUUAUUAAACCUGUGGAUAAAACUUCACCAAAUUUUGUAUUUUUUUCACAAAAAGUACGCAUGAACAAACUAAUUUUAGAUUUAUGUAUCGGUAAUCAUGAUUUAUUUAUGCGACGUCGUAAACCCGAUUCAAUGGAGGUGCAACAAAUGAAAGCAGCUGCUAAAGAAGAGAAACAACGAAGAUUAGUACAACGAAAUCGAUUAGCACGAGAAAAACAGUUACGUGAAAAUGCUGAACGUGAUCGUGCGGAAAUGGAACAACGUUUAUUACAAUAUCAAGAAGAAAUUCGAUUGGCCAACGAAGCUUUGCGUCGUUCUGAAGAGACUGCUGAAUUACUUGCUGAACAAAGUCGUGUUGCUACCGAAGAAGCGAUGCUAUUAAGUCAAAAAGCAAAUGAGGCUGAAAAAGAAAUCACUAGAAUACGCUUAAAUGCAAUGAAAACUGAAGAAGAAAAGAUUUUGUUGGAACGAAAAACUAGGGAAGCAGAAAUGUUAACAGCACGAUUAGUCGAAGAAUCUGAAAGACGUGCAGCCGAAGCAGCUCGCCUUAAAGAUGAAUUACUACGAGCUCGUGUAGCUGAAAAACAAGCUAAAGAGAAACUUCUUGAUUUUCUGAGUCGAAACGCUUUAUCUCCCACACCCACCGUAAAUAUUACACCCGUAACCUCAUUAUAUCAGCAAUACACAACGCCAUUAUCAUCACAUCUUUCAAAUCCCGAAUUACAAGGUUUGCCGAUAGAUACUACAACUAGUAGCCCAGUCACACCCGAUUUAACAUCCUAUGAUUUAAUUGCCAACGCCGAUGUAGAACAACUUUCACUUGAAAUAGAAAAAGAAAGAGUUGAAUAUUUAGAAAAAUCAAAACAUUUACAAAACCAACUACGUGAUCUACGUACAGAAAUUGAAGUGUUAAAAGUGGAAGAGAAACAAUGUGAAUUGGAUCAAUUGCAUGAGGAACAAGUACGUCUUGGUGAAAAUAAAUAUUCAACAUUACGAAAAGUAAAAUCUGGUUCCACUAAAGCUAGAGUGGCCUUCUUUGAAGAAUUAUAGUGCCUUAUAAAUAUAUAUAGAAAUUCUUUUUUUUAGAAAUGCUUUAUUU